AUGUCUAUCCCAAAAGACGACGCAGAAUGGGCUGCUCUGAUUUCUACUACAAAAGACUCGCUUCCGGAGACUUUUCCUGAAUACAAGACACCAUUGCCAUCCGAAGUUAAUCGUACCAUCGAUCACACCCAGUUGGCGUUGACUGCGACGGAACAGCAAAUCGACCAGCUGUGCGCCGAAGCCCUUCAAUACCAGUUUGCGACGGUCUGCGUCCGCCUAAACCAUGUCCGUCGCGCGGUACGGGAACUCAAGGGAAGUUCUGAUGUGAAGGUGGCUUGCGUUGUGGGAUUCCAUGAGGGCAUGUAUGAGACCUCCGAGAAAGAGCAGGAAGCCCGGGAUGCGGUUGAGCAGGGAGCCGCCGAGCUGGAUAUGGUUCUCAAAUACCCUCUGUUGAAGGACGGAAAAUAUACGGAUGUCUACACAGAUAUACUGGGUGUGCGGAAGGCAGCCCCGUCGCCGAUCAAACUGAAGGUCAUCUUGGAGACUUCGCAGCUCACGCGGGAGGAGAUUAUUGCGGGGUCGGUCAUUGCAGAUGUGGCUGGGGCUGAUUUUAUCAAGACUAGCACGGGAUUCAAUGGGCCCGGUGCCAACAUUGACAACGUGGCCCUCAUGCGAGCCACUGCGGGCUCGGUAGGUAAUGGAUGUAAGGUUAAAGCUAGUGGAGGAGUGCGCUCAGCGGAGGAUUGUAUUCGCAUGUUGAAAACAGGAGCCGAGCGGAUUGGCACUAGUUCCGGGGUGAAGAUCAUGCAGGAAUUGAGAGGAGAAGCAGCUGGUGAGCAAGGAGCGCAGCAGGGCGCGGUGGAGACCGACGUCAUCAGGAACCAUCCUCAUCGGUCAAACCAUCUUGGUCGCCCCUCAUUGUCUGCUCAAAAGCCCCCUUCGUCCCCUCGCCCGCGGCCCACGAUGCGACGUCCGAACGUUCCCAAGAAACGUAAGACCUCUCACGAUCACGGUCAGCCUGAUCAUAAUGUCUUUUCGAGUAAUGCCUUCACCUCAAAGCCUACCGCCGUUUUUACCCCAACUGGCGGCCGAUCGCAUACAUUGACUGUCGCUCUUCCAGGCAGCAUUUUGGCCAAUGCUCAUUCUGUGGAGCAAAAGACUCUUUUGGCCGGUAUCAUCGCACGUGCUCUCGCCGUCUUUUGUGUUGAUGAGGUAGUGGUGUUUGAUGACGAUGAGAAUAGUCCGCGCGACGAGUACCACGACCAACGCGAUUUUUACGAGUCCCCUAUAGACAAAACGAGUAACGAACUCAACGGUAACGACUCAUACGCCAAAGGGUGUACCGCAUACUCCGACCCAUCGCACUUUCUGGCCCAUAUACUUUCAUACCUCGAGACCCCGCCAUAUCUUCGUAAACAUCUCUUUCCGAUGCAUCCGAAUCUUCGUGGAGCUGGCUUACUGCCUAGCCUCGACAUGCCGCACCAUCUUCGCGCCAACGAAUGGUGUGAAUACCGUGAAGGAAUUGCAGUAUCUAGUUCCGAUGGUGGCGGGCAGAGGAAGCAUAGUCCACAGAUGAGCAACUAUCAUUCUAACCGCCGCUACUCAUCCAGUAGCCCUACUAAUUUUAGUGCUACUGUGGUCGAUACCGGCCUUCCUAAGAAGGUCGUCCUCCCGGACAUCCAGUUGCCUGAAUAUGCCCGCGUAACCGUCCGGUUCUCCGAGCAUGGUCCCGAGCACUAUGCGCAACCCGUACAUCCGUCUGCCCCUCGUUCUGAAGCAGGGUACUAUUGGGGCUACUAUGUGCGUCGCUGCCGAUCUUUGUCGUCAGUGUUCACUGAAUGUCCAUUCGACGGGGGCUACGACCUCUCCUUUGGAACGUCCGAGCGAGGUGCCCCGGUCUAUUCUGUUCUAGAGGAAGAGCAACAAGAGCAUGAUAAUUAUGACCGGCGGAAAAUCCCCCCGGACUAUAAACAUCUCCUUGUUGUGUUCGGUGGUGUAGCAGGUAUCGAAGCAGCAAUCCACAACGACCCUCGGCUCUGCGACAUGGACAUCAGCCCGACCGAAGCCGGGAAGCUUUUCGAUUACUGGGUCAACCUUCUUCCUGGCCAAGGGAGCAGAACCAUCCGCACCGAAGAGGCUGUUUGGCUGGGCCUGACGAGUCUUCGGGGCUUAGUGGAAGGUACCCAUCGGCCGAGACCAUCGUAUAAACCGAGGAGCUUCUGA